AGACUAAUAGCCGUCAUCCGAGCCCCACACACGUGCGAAUGCUGGGAAAAGCGCAUUGGACGGGGCCAGUUUCGCGACUAUCUUAGGAUGCAAGCUUAAUAAUAUACUCGUGAUAUAGGCCCCGCUACUGUGUUGGAGUGUCUGAAGUGCCGUAUGCGGGGCCUAUAUAACGGUUAUAGUAUAUACUCGUGAAACAGGCCCCGCGAACGGACAUUCUAAGCCAUUCAACACAGCAGCGGGGCCUAUAUCACGAGUAUAUAUAGUGAGCUGAAGUUAGCAACCUAGAUAUUGAGAACUGAUGUUCUUAUAUGGAGUGUGUCUGCCAAAGUUCUACCAAGACUGGUUAUGUUAAUAUCUUGUAUUGUUUUACAUUUAACAAUUGAGAUAUUGAUAUGCUUGUGCCAAAGAAUAUGGCUCUUCUUUUAUCAAUAUGUAGCAUGAAGCAAGUGGCUCCUAGAGGCAAUCAACUGAAGUCAUUUGGCAUGAAGAUAUUAUUUGGAAGAAGAGCUGAAUCAUUCAGAUUUUGUGGUAGAACUUCAUUGUAUAUUUCACAAAUUAGUACUCUUCAGUCAAUAUUCACAAACCAUGGAAGAAAAUGUGGAUUCCUAUAUCCUUGUCACUUGAGUGUAAAUGCUGUCCCAUCUUCAAUUUUCAUGCAUCAGAGGACAGUGACACAUGAAAGUACUUUGAUGCAAGAUGAUAAGCAUACAGAAGAAAGUGGGUCAAGGAGGAGAAGUAGAAAACUACUUGAUUUUACUGAAGACCAAUGGUUUACAGUAGAACAGUGGAACCACAUGAAAAUCAAGUGGAUGGAAGAGCAGAAGCGACAGAAAAAGCACUACAUAGCAAGAAGCACUUUUGAAUAUGAACUGCGGGCCAUGGAAUCAAUUGCUGCACAAGGGCUAUCGGUGUCUGCGAAGUCUCUUGUUGCCUUCAUCAAGGAUGAACCCUCUGCCUUGAAGUAUCAGUUAGUGAGUAAAUGUCUCUUCAUGUGUACAACGUGUCAGGAUCUUGAAGGAAUUCUCUGGUGUGUUGAUUGGUUAGAGGAGAACCAUAGGAUGAUGGAUAAGGGAACCAUAGCCAAUGCUGUAUCUGGUUUGUGUAUGACAGACCGAUGGAAGGAGAGCAGCAGGUUUCUUGCGAAGGCAAAUGAUGCCGAUUGCGUGACGUCAAGAAUCCUAGAACCUUACCUGAUUGCUUCUUGUCAGCAUGGUGAUAAAUGUCUUGCCAGAUCUCUGCUGGAAGACCACUACAGAAGAGAUCUCAUACCAACAGAUGCCAGUGUUAUAGAGAUGCUCUCAUCCUUUACUAGCAGCGUUGAGGACCAUUCUGUUCUACAGGACAAUGUGGAUGUGGUGAUUGGACUCUUGAAUUAUCAGAGGGCGAAGAGGCACUUUCCUUCACAUGAUGUUGCAAAGGAACUGGGUUACUGGUUCAAGAGCAAGCAACAUGAGACAUGGCGAGUUUCUUUCACCCAGAUGAGCCCUACAGGGGUUUGUAAGUCUUGCUCCAGUCAUCUUGAACCUCUGCAGAUAAGUGAGGAAGAGUUCAUCAAUCUUAGAGAAGAGAUCUUUAGCAAGGUAAUAAGAGGUAAGGAUAUCUUCAGGAAGACCACUCCAAAGGAACUUGAUGCAUUCAUGGAUUUCAUUGAUUCUGGACCCUCAUAUGACAUUGUCAUAGAUGGACUCAACGUUGCAAAACUCAAGAAGAGAAAGUCACCAGGAAAAGUGCUGAGACAAUUUGUGGAAUACCUUACCAAGAACCGUGGUUACCGCUGUCUUGUCCUUGGAAGACAUCAUAUGUUGAAACAAAGAUCUCAGUAUGAUAAAAAUGACUUGGGUGUUAUACAAGACUUGGCUGACUGCUUCUUUACCCAAAAUAUGUCAGAAGAUGACCCUUUUAUGUUGUAUGCCACCAUGCACAGUGGUACCAAGACCAAGUAUGUCAGUAGAGAUCUACUUCGUGACCACAAAGCCUUACUCAGUCCAGAAGCUCAUCUGUCUUUCAUUAAAUGGCAACGUAUGCAACAGCUCACUCCUGUGGACUUCAGAGAUGGACAGGCGAUCUUUAAGCAAAAUCUGGCUCAUGACACUGUGAUACAGUCAACAGAAAGGAGUUGGCACAUCCCCUAUGAUGAUGGUCAUCCACGAUUCUCAUACCAAGUUCCUCUAACAUGGCUUUGUGCUGUUAAAGAAUAAAUGAUGCACAACUCAAAAAAACAUGCCAAUGGAUAAUCUACAGUCAGCGUCCAACUUUCUACUUGUUUCAUUGUGAACAAUUUAUGCCAGAUUUAUACCUACGAUUUGAUGAAAGGUUUUGGAUCUUUUUAAAACACAUGACUGUAUUUAUGUAGCCUACUGCUCUUGAUGUUGGUCUCUUGCAUUCAUAAACAUAUUUAUUUUUGCAUUACUAAGUCGAUUUCUCCGUCAUUUUCAUUAAUAUAUGCUGAUUCAAGUUAUUGCUAUGUGUAAACUCUAUCAUUAUUUGCUGAUUAUAUAAAAUGCUAUAUGAUUUGAACACAUAAAUAAUUCAAAGUUAAACUCAGAUAAAAAUACAUGUAUGUAGUAUGACAAAUCAUGAAACCAACCAUAUAUUAGGAUGAAAUGCAUUGGAGAGGUUUCAAACAGUGAUGUUGUGUAAAUUUCUCAUUGAAAGAUAGAAUUCCUCAUUUAGAGAGAAAAUUCAACAAAUCUUCUGGAAAGAUUGAUUGUUGGUCAUAUUUGUAUUUUUUUCCCCCAAAUAUUAGGGAGCUUCAGAUUAAUAGCACACGACACUGAACGUUCCAUCCCUCAACACUGCACUCUCCACUAUUUCAUAUGCAGUAAGGCUGAUGUCUCAAAAUCAGAUGAUUCUGCAUCAUUGUCAGGAAACCUGAAGAUUUCUAUUGGCUCAGUAUUUCCAUUCAAAAAGAAUUCCCAUGAAUAUUACAACUUGAGACAUUCUGAUUGGUCUUUUUAAACUAACUCAAAUGUUCACACCAUUUUUAAAGUGACCAUAUCUUUUUUCCCCCUUCAAAUCGAACAAGGGAAAAGCAACAGCUGUUAAGUAACUGAAAAGUAAUGCAGAUUUUAGUUUUCAAAUAAUAUAAGAAUUUUUUUUUCAAAUCUAAAAAUUUUACCCUUUCAAGAGUGCCUACUUGAAAAAGUAGUCAAUAAAAUAAAGUCUGUGAAACACUUAAUGGUAAAAUUUUGGAAGAUGUCUAAGGAAAAUUACACUUAUUUUCCCCCUCAUUUCAUGUUUUCAUAAUGUAUUUACUUUUCAAAGAUUAAAAAUCAAUAUUUAUCCAUGAUUAAUAA